GUGUGUUUUGGAAAUUUUACUGAAACUCAGUACUUUAUUGCUGAAAAGAUAUCGUGUUUUGACUGCACCAUGUCAAGAUGGAACUUAUAUGACCCCGAUUUCUAUGAUGAGAUUGUUCCCUUUGGGAGUGAAGGGGAUGAUGACAAAGAGAAUGAUGAAGGUUCUCUAAUCUGCACAUGCUAUGGGCGAGGGAAAAAACUAAGUGAAGUGGAUGUCCCACGUGUACCUCAACUACAAUUUCAAAUUGAGAAGCAGAAGUACUUAGAAAAAUUAAGAUCAUCAGAUGAUCCAAAUUCAAGGAAGGUGGGAAGGGGUAGAGCCAGAAUCCGACAGAAACUGGGCAAUACUGAGAUACCCAGUGUUGGACAAUCACAGGGUCUUGAAGAACAAAAUAAAGCGCGUAGUUCUGAUGAAUUACUGAUCUCUUGCAAUGGCAAAGACAAGGACUUGAGACAACUGGAAAAUAACGAGAAAUGCAACAAAGAAAAGACGAAGAAAUCUCACAAAAGACCUAAAAAUAUAAUGAACUGUGUUGUAAGUUACGAUUCAGACGGAAAUCCCAUUAUAAGUACAGAUGAUAGAGGUGGAGUAGGUGUCAAUACGACAAAGAAUGGAGAUAUCGAGGACACAUUAAGUGAAGUGAUGGAACAGAAUAAAAAUGUUAUGGAAGACCUGGUAUCGAAAAAGGAAAAUCAAGUUGAAAUGCACUUAGACAUUCCAGUGAAAGAUAGCAGCAGCGAGGAAAUUCCAACGAAAGAUGAGAACCACAAAGAAAAGCCAUUAGCUGACAAACCGGAUCAAAAGUUCAAAGAAGAACAGAAAACAAAUACCCGUCCAUCAUCGAAACAGAAUCAUUCUUACGAAAAGCCUCCUCGAUUCAUUAAGAAAGAAAUGGAAGAACUACAAGCAAAGCAGAAAAUGGAAAUUACUACUUCACAGUCAUCAAACAAGCCUUGGGAAGAUUCAGAAGACCAUUCAUUUUUACGAUCCCCUCAAAAAACACCAGAGAAAGAAGAUUCGACUCAACCUUUAUCACCAUCGCCUGUAACUUCCGUGAAUUCAAGCAUGCCAACUGUUACAGUCGUUUCUACGAAUCCACUCUGUCAUUCUGACACUAUCGUUCCCCCAUACAUUCCCUUGUCUUUACCAUACUGCCCAGACUACAGUUCCACCUACUGGCUGCAAUAUCAAAUGUCACAUGGUGUUCCGGACUCUAGUACAACUACAUCAAUAUCAGAUAAGAGUCCAUCCACCUAUACAACGACUACUAUAUCGUGUGCACCCAGUAUGCAAUCCUACCAGACAUACCAAACCUUAUCGAACACCGUGUCAUCAACUCCUCACGUUUCGAAUCCACCCUCUUCAGUUUCAGGACCCAAAGAUUCUACUUUUUAUCCUAUAGUACCACCUCCUUUUUCUCCUAUUGGACCACCCCCCAGUUCAACCACAACACCUCUUUUUUCUCCUAGUGGACCACCUCCUAUCUCAACCUCAACCCCUCCUUUACGGUAUCCAAUCAGUGUACCACCGUUUCCGCAGUAUCUACCGACAUUGCCACAAUAUGCACAUCCCUCAUUGCACACAAAUAUGGCACCUCAAUUUUACAAUAAUACGUAUUUUCUUCCUGUUGCCUACCGUCCUUUGUUUCAUCCAUCAACAAGAUAUCCUUGUCAAAACCAGCCAGUGUCUAUGGUAGGUUAUUUGAUAAAUUCCAAUGUACGUGCGGGAAUCGGGAAUACUUUCCGGACACCACCACCUUUUUGCACUGCAAUUUCUCCAGAUACCAUGAGAACAGAAACUUUUACAAGUGGAAACAAUAAUACUCCUCCUUCUGGAAAUGGUGAUUUAUAGGAAG